AAAAAAAAAAAAAAAAAGGAAGCAAAGAAACUGGCAGUGCUGUUAUGUCCCCUCUCCUUGAUGAACUGAUUCUCUGUCAUUUUUAUUAGAAAUUCCUUAAAAAGUUAAGGGGGAGGGAGUUGAGGAUGGGGCAGGGAAUUUAGCUCAGUGGCACCUUUAAAAAGACCUUUCGCAAAGCUGCUGACUGCAUUUCUCCAGUUAGUUAUACACCCAAGUUGGCCGGUGUGCACCAGUAGGUGUCAGUGGACCUGAGCAGGGCUCUGGUUUUCUGUGGGAUGGGACUGCAGACCCACCACCUCUCUCCCCCUGGCGGUGGCAGGAAGCGUGGCAGGGAGCGUGUUCUCUGCCUGACCUUUGACCUGCCCCAGGGGUACGGUGGCCCAGGGCAACGGCAGUUCAGUGACAGAGAAAUGUCCGAAAAACUAAGAAGAUGCAGAAAGGAGCUGACUGCAGCCAUUGACCGGGCCUUGGAAGGGGUUAGGCGUUCUCAGGACCACAGCCCGGUCCCCGGCGCCCUGCCUGGGCACGCGCAGCUCUUCUGGGGCUGCGAGAGCCCGGCCUGUGCCCCUCCUCUCGCCCUAGUGAGCGCCGAGCCGCACACUCCGAGCCCCUUGAGAAAACCUCUCAGCAGCAAGGAGAAUGUGCUGGCUCACCCCUCCAUGUGGAGAGCUGCAGGAGACGGGGAGAACUGGAGGGAAAAAAGCUUAAGGACAGAUACAGAGGGAGAUGUGAAAGUUGAUUCAAACGUGCUACUCAGCUGCUCUAGCCAAGAAGUCACACAGGAUCUACUUGAUAUGAUUGACCAUACAAGCAUACGAACUAUUGAAUUGGCUGGAAAACUUGAAUUUGAAAAUGAAUUGAACCGUGUGUGUGGUCACUGCCAAGAUUCACCCUUCCAGGAGGAAGCAUGGGCCCUGCUUCUGGACGAGAGCCCUCUGCAGGCCUCAGAUACUGACCCUGGCAGCUUCAAGCAGGCUUUUGAUGAUCAGAGUAUCAUCGAGACUAUUUUGGACUUGGAAGAGGACUACAACCUAAUGACUUAUUUUAAACACCAAAUUGAGUAAGGAGAGUUGAUUUUUAGCUUUGGUACUGCACAGGAGGACACUGCCAUCAGGGAGCCUGUGCAGAAGCAUCCACAGUGGUCACAGUGUGGGCCACGCUUUUCCAAGGGAUGGCAAGAACCUGGGUCACCUCAACCUUUUAACUGUUACUUGUGUUCUCUCAGCUGAGGGCCCAGUCUUUGUUUUCUGUUGCUUUGAAAUGUUUUGUUACUGUUGAUUUUUUUUUACUUUGAUUGACAUCAUAAAAGUGUUUUUUGGUUGAUGUUCAAUAUGUCCAUUACUCACACCCAGGUAUGUAUGGGUUGCGUCUCUGGUGUGUCUGGUAUUCUUCUCCAGGAGCCCCGAGAUGUACACAGAGCCAGAAUCAUGGUGAGCUUCAUGCCUCCCCGUGACAUCACUCACCCAAGACCAGCUCAGAAUCAAGACUAAGCUGGACCUGGGCUGGCCCCAACACUCAGCUCAACUUGCUCAAGGGCUUCCUGUCCCUGUGUGUGCACACGCCCUCCUCAUGUCCAGCCCCACCUUGCCUUGGUUCACACCCCUGUCCUUCCUACCGGAAGGCCUCUGCAGAGGCCCCUGCGUCCCCAACAAGAUGGUCCCACUAGACCUCCCUGCUACAGGCCCCUACACAGACUCUGCUCCACCUGAGGGGAAAGGAGAGGAAAGCUAAGUGUGGGUUUCCUGACCACCUUCAUACCUAGACUUCAUCCCAUUGGAGGCCUGGCAGUCUCAGAUGGUCCCCGUGGCCAUAGCCCUGCCAGGUCAAGACGGCAGAGAAUAGAGGAGGGGCCAGGCCACUGUCCCUGGACA